UUGUACAUUGAUUUCAAUGUUGAUGGUACCAAGUGAAUAUAUAGCCAAGUAAAAAAGCGUGAAAGAGAGUGGCGGCAAUAUUACUUUUAGUAUAUUUAUAAUACUCUCCCACUUGAAAUAUACAACUCAAAUAUAAAAAAAAAAAAAUCAAGCAAUACAACCAAGUUUCCCACCAAUACGUUAAAUAUAUUUAUUUACUUGGCCGAGUUACUACAAGCAUCAAAGUAAUCCUUUCGCGGGUUCAGUCUGUGACGAUCAUCGGUGUCAGGGAGUUCAACUUUUAAUAAAUAUAUAUCAUAUCUUCAGGGAAUAAUUUUAAUGUACAUUUUUAAUUGUGUCCUGGGCACAAUAAUGUGCUCAUUAUUAAUACGUUAAAUAAUCAUCAAAAAGUUUUAAUUUAACGACAAAAAUACCUGAAGAAAAAAGAGAGCUUUUAAAUUGAAAAAAUAAUAAAAAAGCUCUCGUCGAUGAGAACAAUCAUGGGGACAAUUGGCUUGUUAAGAACCAGUGGAAUAUUACUGCUGGUAAUUUUCAUAUCGAAAAUUUAUGCAAUAUCUACACCGGUUAAUGGACACCUGGAUCUGUCUGAAUACAUCUAUGGUGUUGAUGAUGACCUACAAGCUCGAGCACGUGCAGCUCUCGAGGCUGAGCAAUUAGCCUAUCAAUCAAACUGGAGAAAAGAUGGAAUUAAUGAAAAUGCAAAUAAAUGUGGUGAAAUUAAAGAGAGUCCAUGUCCACCAUCAAUGUACAGGACACCAACUGGUACCUGCAACAAUAUUAGAUAUCCAUCAUGGGGCUCAAGAGGUUCACCAUAUCUCAGAUUUUUACCACCAGCAUAUUCAGAUGGUAUGUCAAGACCACGUCAAUCAAUAAGCCAUCAUUCUUUACCAUCCCCAAUGGAAAUAAUAAGACAACUUGAAUCAUCAAGUUUACACAAAGAAACACGUCAUGAAAAAAGAAAAGUACUGACAAGUAUAACUGGUCUAUGGGCUGAGUUAAUAUUACGUGAUAUAUCAUCACCAAUAACACCACAUCUUGAUCCAACACGUUGUUGUCAAGAUAAUAAUAAUAAUAAUAAUCGUGAAUGUUAUACAAGUUACGAAAACAAUGGUGAAUGUAAGCCAUAUUAUCGUAACGUACCAACAAGAACAGCAUAUGGUUGUAAAUAUGAAUCACGUGAACAAAUGAAUGGUGCUACUGGUUAUCUUGAUGGUUCUGAUAUAUACGGUAAUACUGAUGAUAAAUUUCACAUGUUAAGAUUAUAUGAAAAUGGUAAAAUAAAUAUAACACAAUGUCAAAUUUGUCAAGACAAUAAUAAUCAACUUGGUAAUUUAUAUAAAAUAUUAUUAAAUGAACAUAAUCGUAUUGUCAAUGAUUUAAAAUUGAUAAAUCCACAUUGGAAUGAUGCAAAAUUAUUUUGGGAAGGUAGAAGAGCACUUGUUGCACAAAUACAAAGAAUAACAUUUGUUGAAUUUUUAUCUGGUAUACUUGGUGAAUUUGAUAAUGAUGAAUUUGAACAAUUAAGUAGUGGUUAUUAUCGUGAUUAUUCAUCACAUAAUAAACCAGGUGUUUAUGAUGCAAUUGCACUUGUUGUAUUACCAGCAUUAGCAUCAUUAUCACAAAAUACAAAUGACAAUAAUAUUAGCAUUGAAAAUCAACUUGAUAAAUCAGCACGUGGUAUAACACUUGAUAUACAACGUAGCGAAUCAAAAUAUUGGAAUACAAGUGCAUUAUUAAUUCAUAAAUCACGUGAUUUUGGUAUACCAAGUUAUAAAAAAUUUGUUGAUUAUUGUUCAAAUAAUAAUAAAGAAUCAAAAGAACAUAUUAAUUAUGAAGAUAAAAUAAUACUUGAUAAUAUUUAUAUGAAUUAUGAUGAUGUUGAUUUAUUAAUUGGUGGUAUAUUAGAAAAAGCAUCAAAAGGUUCAGCAAUUGGACCAACAUUUGGAUGUUUACUUAAGCAACAAUUAUUAAAAUUACGUAAUUCUGAUCGUUUUUGGUAUGAAAAUGAUAUACCACCAUCAUCAUUAACACCAGAACAAUUAACAGCAAUAAGAAGAACAAGUUUUUCUGGUUUAUUAUGUGCAAAUACAAAAUUAGAACGUAUACAACCAAUGGCAUUUUUACAAAGUGAUGCAUAUUUAAAUGCUAAAAUUGAUUGUCAACGUCAUGGUCAUCUUGAUUUAUCAGCAUGGAAAGAAAACAAUGGUGAUGAUGAUAUAUCAAAUGUAAAUUUCAAUGAAGAAAAUCAAAAAAAUGAAUUUAAUCAUGAAAUUAUUGAUAAAAAAAUAAAUAACAAUGAUGAUGAUGAUGAUGAUGAUGUAGUAUUGAGUAAAGAUAUUAUUGAAGCAGCAUUAGAAAAAGCAAAAUUAAAUUUAAUUGAACGUCGUCGUAUUGAAUACAAUGCAUGGUUAAAUCAAAAAUAUGCUGAUCCAAAAUCACCAGCUGGUACAGCAGCAAGUUUUUCAAAAGCAAAUAAAGAUGCAUUGUUACUUGCAAAUUCAUCAAUACUCUAUGAAUUAGCAACAAAUGAGCUUCUAAAUGGUGUACAAGGUUUACGUAAAAGAAGAAGAAGAAGAAGAAGAAGAAGACGUCAAGCAUUUGAUAAUAGUGGUAAUAGUUUAGGUUUUCCUGGUUCUGAUUUUUCAGAUGUAUUACAAAAUGUUGAUAUAUCAAAUAUAUUACCGGGUAAUACAUUACCAUUUGAAGCUGAUUGUCCAGAUGAAGAAGGACCAUGUGAUCCAACAUCACCAUACAGAACAUUUACUGGUCAUUGUAAUAAUUUACGUAAUCCAAAAUUGGGUAAAUCAUUAACAACAUUUGCACGUUUAUUACCACCAGUAUAUGAUGAUGGUGUAUCACAACCACGUAUACAUUCAGUACGUGGUAAUGAUUUAUUACCAAAUCCACGUACAAUAUCAACAACAGUACAUCCAGAUAUAUCAAAUCUUCAUAAUCGUUAUACAUUAAUGACAAUGCAAUUUGCACAAUUUAUUGAUCAUGAUUUAACAAUGACACCAAUACACAAAGGUUUUGCUGAAUCAAUACCAACAUGUAGAUCAUGUGAUUCAGCAAGAACAGUACAUCCAGAAUGUAAUCCAUUUCCUGUACCAGCUGGUGAUCAUUUUUAUCCAACAAUAAAUGUAACAAGUGGUGAAAGAAUGUGCUUUCCAUCAAUGAGAUCAUUACCAGGACAACAAAAUCUUGGUCCACGUGAACAAGUUAAUCAAAAUACAGCAUUUUUAGAUUGUUCAGUUGUUUAUGGUGAAAAUAAUUGUGUUGGUAAUUUAUUACGUGGUUUUAGUGGUAGAAUGAAUGUUACAAAUCAUCCAUCAAGAAGAAAAGAUUUAUUACCACAAUCAGCAACACAUCCAGAAUGUAAAUCAGCAUCUGGUUAUUGUUUUGUUGCUGGUGAUGCUAGAGCAUCUGAACAACCUGGUUUAACAGUUAUACAUACAAUAUGGGUACGUGAACAUAAUAGAGUUAUGGAAGGUUUACAACAAGUUAAUCCACAAUGGAAUGAUGAAAAAUUAUUUCAAGAAACAAGAAGAAUAUUAAGUGCAAUGUUACAACAUAUAACAUAUAAUGAAUUUAUACCAAGAAUACUUGGUUGGAAUGCUGUUAGUUUAUAUGGUUUAAAAUUAUUACCACAAGGUUAUUAUAAUGAAUAUUCAGCUGAUUGUAAUCCAAGUAUUGUUACUGAAUUUGCUGCAGCAGCAUUUCGUAUUGGACAUUCAUUAUUACGUCCACAUUUACCAAGAAUGGAUAAAAAUUAUCGUCCAGUUGAACCACCAAUAUUAUUACGUGAUGGUUUUUUUAAUGUUGAUAUGCUUUAUCAACCAGAUAUGAUUGAUGAAAUGAUACGUGGUCUUGUUGCAACACCAAUGGAAACACUUGAUCAAUUUAUAACUGGUGAAGUUACAAAUCAUUUAUUUGAAAAUCGUCAAAUACCAUUUUCUGGUAUUGAUUUAAUUGCAUUAAAUAUACAAAGAGCUAGAGAUCAUGGUAUACCUGGUUAUAAUCAUUAUCGUGGUUUAUGUAAUUUAAAAAAAGCACAAACAUUUGAUGAUUUAUCAAGAGAAAUGACACCAGAAGUUAUUGCUAGAUUAAAACGUAUUUAUGCAUCUGUUGAUGAUAUUGAUUUAUUCCCUGGUGGUAUGAGUGAACGUCCAUUACAAGGUGGUCUUGUUGGACCAACAUUUGGUUGUAUUAUUGCAACACAAUUUAGACGUGCUAGAAAAUGUGAUCGUUUUUGGUAUGAAACAGAUGAUCCAAAUAUUAGAUUUACUGAACAACAACUUAAUGAGUUACGUAAAAAUACAUUGGCUAAAGUAUUAUGUGAAAAUAUGGACUCACAUGUGUUGAUGCAAAGAGCUGCAUUUGAUUUACCAUCUGAUUUUUUGAAUCCAAGAGUAUCAUGUGGUACAAUGGCUAAAAUGGAUUUUGCUUCGUGGAAAGAAACAAGAGAUACUGGCUGCCAAAUUGGUGAUCGUAAUGUUGCUGUUGGACAAUCUGGUUUUCCAACACCAUGUACAAGUUGUAUUUGUACAAAUGAGGGUACUCAAUGUGCAUCAUUGAGAGUUACUGAUUGUAAUCGUUUAAUUCGUGAAGCUUCACGUGAAGCUAUACUUAGAGAUGAUGUUUGUACAGCACAAUGUGGUUUUGCACUUGCUACAACUGAUAAUUCACGUAGAAAUUCAUUUAAUUCUGGUCCAUCAUCAUUUGGACAAAAUAAUGCCUUCAAAUUUCCAGAUUUAUCACAAUUUCUUGGUUAAAUUAUUAUCCACAUAAUAAUUUAUUCAUUUCUAUACCUAAAAAUAUGUAUAUAUAGAUUGUAGCUUCACAUGUAUGACGACUAUGUUUUGUUUUAACUCAUUUUAAAUAAAACUUUUUACUUAUUAUUAAUUUUUUA